UAUUUCACUGAGGAGAUUUCCAGGCAGCACUUUCUCUCAUCUGUCUCUCUCAUUCUUCUGCUAUGCUCUUAUUUAUCUUAUUUCUCUCUUCCUGCCUAAGGUCUUUACCCCUAUUUCGCCAAGGACGUAGAUAUAUGUCCUCCCACCCAGCCCCACCUGACCCCCUCCCCAAUUCUCUGGGUAAGUCUUUUCUCCUAUAGUGUGUCUUUGUCUUUCUCUCAUCUUUCCAAAGAGAAACCUGUGUGCAAUCUCUUCCAUUUUUCUUUUCCCAGAAGAGAACACUGUCCGGCAGACAAAGUGAAGCCGAGUCAGCAUUUUACCGCUCUGUGAUGUCACAACCCCCCUGACCCAGCCCCUCUGUUCCAACCCCAAACCCUCACACUCUAGAGCUCACACUUCACAAAAAGAAGAAAACACAAAUGCAGCAAAAAACUCUGUUUGCCUUUUUAUUGUUUUCCUGGAGGAGCAGUGGACUUACCAAAACACGCCGUAGAAGCACGUAAUGGCACCAACGUGCAGCUUCACAGGCAAAGUUUGGCACAUUCCUAUACUCAAGAGCGAGAAGAAGGGAAAAAGACAAAAAAAAAAACUACAAAAAAAAAAACACAACCCGGUAGUUGUAGUAAUUUGUGCGACCUUCUGUAGGAGAUGUUGGAAUGUGUUAAUUUCAACUAACAUGGAAACAUUACCUCUAGGAAUCAGAAGAAAGGGAAAGAAUCUGUACAGGUGAGGGAAGGAGGGACGGCGGAACACGUGAGAAACUGAAACAGACAGGGCGAGAGAAAGAGGAGUGAAGAUACAGUGAAGGGAGGGAGAAAGAAAGAUAGAGAAGGAGGGGGGGUAUUGAAUGUGUUAAUACACAGGAACACUGCAUCAAACCAAUGCACUGCUCUGAGGCUGGCUGAGCAGCUGAGAGGAGUGCGUCAGCAGUACAUUCACGUUUCCACUGAAGGACAAAGGGAGGGGGCAGAGCGAGCAUUUUAGCAGCCUGCAACACCGACACACAUCCGAGGGGGGUAAUAGAGAAAAGAGAGAGAUUGGAGAAUAAACAAGAAGAGAAGAUGAGGAUUAAUAUGCUGCUCCUGCUGCUUCUGUGACGGUGGGCUGCCUGUUAGAGUGUUUGCCUGGUUUUCCAUUUUUCUCACAGACACUUUCCUUUACACACUUUAUCUUUCUCUUGAUCUGUCAGCGGUUCUUUCUCUCCGUCUCUCAGAAGCACUCUCUUUGCCUUUCUCUGUUCCCACUCUGACUACUGCAGUAGUCCACCAGCCAGUCGCAAGUCUGACAGCCACACACAUGGCUAACUGCCACAACUUACUACCUCAGCUUUGGGAAAAAAACAAAAAAACAAGCGAGCAGAGGAACACAGCAGGAGGCAGACCAGGAGGCAAUCAGCGACCAUAAAGAAGAAUCUUCAAAUCCUUUGUUUAUGGAUCCAGAAACCACUUCUACUCUCGUCCUUCCAACGUCAUCCUUUCUCUUCUCGCUCAUUGCAGAAGAGGACAAGAGUGCUCUCUCUCUUUUUCUCUCUUCCGUCAGCCUUUUGCAAAGCUCCGACAGCGCAGCGUAUCCCUUUCUCUAACCCCCCACACAGCGCCACCAUCUCUCCCUCAACCCCCUUCCCCCCAAGAGGAAUAGACGGAUUACUGCUAACUGUGCACACGGCAGCUUGCAGCUGCUCUGACCAGGGCCAGCCCGAUCUUAGGAAAAAGGCAAGAGGAACACAGAGGAGGAGAGCAGAAGAGGAUGACUGUGCCGGGAGUUCCUUAGCCUUUUUCUGUCUCUCAGUCUCUGUCACAACAGGGCUAAUCAGCGACCGACAAGCCCUUGGCAAAGUCACAGUGAGGGAGGUCUCUCACUCAAACAGGCGACUAACCAACGAGCCAACACAUGUACCUGGAGCUGACUGAACGAGGGAUUUUUUUUUUCUUUAAAUUCAGUUAGUCACUUUUUCUCUCCUCUUCUGUUGCAAUGGACUGCAUAAUGGAUUGCUGUGAUUUUUCACAGUGAAGCUGAAUUUCAGAGUCUGCAGUCUUGCAGAGGGAAACUUAGUGAAGGAGGAAAGGAUCUAGGCACCGGCUAAGACUUGGUGGCCUUACCUUUGAGAGAUAAUUAGCAAAAGAAAGCAUCCAUCUCAAGUCGUUUUGAGGGAUUAUAAAUAAAGCUGAUGCAAGACUGUUGCUUUUCAAUUAGGAAAAAGCCAGAAGGAAGCAAUUUCAAACUAAUGAGCAUCUUCCUGCACAGUCAAUGGAACUUGGGAGCAUUGAGUUGCUCCAGCCAGGCUAGGGUGGUCUGUCCUUUGGUGUGUGCCGUCUCCCCCCACCAUGCAGAAUAAUGAGCCCUCCACAUCAUGAGUCCUUUGGGCCAGGUUAGUGUGCAGCCUACCUGGAACACAGCCCUGCUCGCCGUGAUCUCCCUCAUGGUGCCUGCUCUCAGUAUGUGCCAGUCCACAGGCCCUGAGUCGGGCUUUGUUAACCCACAAAACUGUCCAGGUGUGUGCUCCUGCACUAACCAGCUCACCAAGGUUGUCUGUACCCGCCGAGGCUUGAUACGAGUUCCUCCAAACAUCCCGACAAACACCAGGUAUCUAAACCUAAUGGAGAACAGCAUAGAGACCAUUGAAGCAGACACGUUCAGACACUUGCGUCAUCUAGAAGUGCUGCAAUUGGGGAGGAACGCAAUCAGGCAGAUUGAAGUAGGGGCCUUCAAUGGCCUGGCCAGUCUCAACACUCUGGAGCUGUUUGACAACAGACUGACAGUCAUACCCAGUGGAGCUUUCGAGUAUCUGUCAAAAUUAAGAGAACUGUGGCUCAGAAAUAAUCCUAUUGAUAGCAUCCCUUCUUAUGCCUUCAACCGUGUCCCCUCCCUCAUGAGACUAGACCUUGGAGAGCUGAGAAGAUUGGAAUACAUCUCUGAGGGGGCAUUUGAGGGCCUUCAUAACCUCAAGUACCUUAAUUUGGGAAUGUGCAAUUUAAGGGAGUUACCUCAUCUGUCACCUUUAGUGGGAUUGGAGGAACUGGAGAUAUCAGAGAAUGUUUUUCCAGAGUUAAAGCCCUGGGCCUUCCACGGACUCAAAAAUCUACGUAAGCUAUGGAUUAUGAACUCUGCCAUAACAACAAUUGAAAGGAAUGCUUUUGAUGACAUCACCGCUUUGGUUGAACUCAAUCUUGCUCAUAACAAUCUGUCGUCUCUGCCCCACAACUUGUUCACUCCUCUACAGUACCUGGUGGAACUACAUCUACAUCACAACCCUUGGAGCUGUGACUGUGAUGUAGUUUGGUUGUCAGCAUGGCUCAGAGAAAACAUUCCCACAAAUUCCACCUGCUGUGGACGUUGUCACACCCCAAUACACAUGAGAGGAAGGCACCUGGUGGAAAUUGAUCAGACAACUUUCCAAUGCUCAGCGCCGUUCAUACUCGACGCUCCAAGAGAUCUGAACAUUUCGGCUGCAAGGGUGGCAGAACUAAGGUGCCGCACAGCAGCUAUGAGUUCAGUUCGAUGGCUUCUGCCAAAUGGAACAGUGUUGACCCAUGGCUCAGCUCACCCAAGAAUAUCAGUCCUCAAUGAUGGAACCCUCAACUUUUCCAAUGUUCUCCCAUCAGACACAGGAAUCUACACAUGCAUGGUGAGCAACAUGGCAGGAAAUUCCAAUGCUUCUGCCUACUUAAAUGUCAGCAAUGCUGAACUCAAUACUUCUAAUCUGUCAUACUUUACCACUGUAACAGUGGAAGUGCUGGAUCCUACAGUGGAAGAGACGCCCAAGCCUAAACCCACAGUCCCUGCUUCACCCUCCGUCUUUCAACCCGUCUUCAUCUCCACACCCACUGUGUUGUUCCAAGACACUCAGACUCCAAAGCAGGUAUCGGUCCCAAGCCCCAAAGCCCCCGUAGAGCCAGCUGCCAGCCUGGAUGAGAUGAUGAAAACCACCAAAAUCAUCAUUGGCUGUUUUGUAGCUGUUACCUUAGUGGCAGCUGGCAUGUUGAUAGCCUUCUAUAAACUGCGUAAGAGGCAUCAACAAAGGAGUACAGUGGCAGCAGCCAGGACCAUAGAAAUCAUACAGAUGGAGGAACAAGUUCCUCCUGUCCCACCGACAUCCAGAUCUAGUGGUUCUGAUGAAACCGGAUUGGCACUGCCGACAUUAGUGGAACACAACAGCAGCACAUUUAAGCCUGGUUAUGUCUCCUCCUCUUCUUCAUCUCGACAAGGAAGUUACAGAGCCCACUGGACCCAGAACAACUCUCUUCAUCGUUCAGUGAGAGAGCAUCAUAGUCACAUCAGCACCAUUACUGACCCUUAUGCUAUUACAACUACUCAAGGAAAAGAAAAGGUUCAAGAGACUCAAAUCUGAGAGAAACUUCUUGUGGAUCUAUCUUUGACUCUGACUUUACUCAAAGCAGUCUUUCCCAGCUGCUCACCUGUCCAUGCAACAGAAUCCACAAGGCAAGGGGCAUAAAUGUAACUUUCUUUUGUACAGAACUUCAAAACAGACAUAUUUUUUCCUGUACAUGCCUAUAUAUGUGUAUAAUUAUUGAAAAUAUAUCUUUAUGACUAUAUAUAUAUAUAUAUACAUAUAUAUACAUAUAUGUAUAUAUAUACAUAGUCAUGCAGUUGCGAAAGAUGCAGAUUAUAUUAGAAAAGAAAGCAAUUUGAAACUAUUUUCUAUUAACUGGUGACUUCUAUUUAAAAAAAAAGGUAAACAAUAAAUUUCUUUUCUCACUGAGUAAUAGAAUGUGGUACUGUCUACUGAAACUUUGCGUUUGUUUUGUGAACGUUUAAGGGCACAGAAAUAAAAAGAAAAAAAAAAUGAAAAAGUGACAUGAACACCUGUUUCUAACACAGUCCAAAAUGUAAACUCCUGUUUCUACUGUGCCAAAUACUAUAUGCAAUAAAAUGACAUUUCUAGACUAAAGAACUCAAAAAGACAAACAAGCAAAGUCUUGAGAGGUACAAACAUUUGUCCAAUAGCAGCAAAAUGGCACAGAUAGAUUGUGCUGUUCAGUAGCUAUAAGCCAAAUGCUUUUGGACUGCAGUGAAUUUCUGCAGCUAAGUUUUAACCCUCUGCUUGCUGGAGCCAAGCUGUGUUUAUUUGAAAGUGCCAGUGCUUCUUUUGUAGCGUAUCUAAAUGUGUUUAUUAAGUGUGCCACAAUUCCCAUUUCUUUCAUUCGGUAAAGGGUUGAACACAUGCUAAAACCAAUUGCUGAAAACAUGGUGUUCUGUUAUUGGUUGCAAUUUGUAGUACUUUUCCCCCCAUAGGUUUCCACAUGCUUCUUAAUGGCUUGUGUAGUGUUUACGGCUAAUUCAGUAAUGCAUUACAGCAGUCUCCUGACUUGUCUCUGCAAGGGCUCAUUCCAAUACUAAUUUUUCAAAGGAAAAGACAUAGUGCUGACUGUUCAGUAAAAGUAAAAGACAAAAAGACAAAGAGAAGAUUGAAAUGAAACAAAUGAAUGUCUGAUAUUGGGGCUUUUCCAUGCAACACAUUGAAAAUUUACCUUGUUUUUUUUCUUAUUUUUUUUUUCUUUUUAGCAACACUAUUUUUAUGAAGAGAAAAUGAGGAUAUGAAAAAUAAAAUUGAAAGAACCCCUAACAAAAACAACUUUUCUUUGUUGUUCUCUAAUCAAAACUUUUCAUGUGAUGUUUUUUUGUGCUCUCAAUAUAUUUACAUUUGUGUGUAAGACUUUUGCUUAUAUAAAAGGUCAGAGGAAGUAUUGUGUAUGGUAUCCUACCCAAUCUUGCGGUCCUAUGCAUUUACUUAGUGUCUGCAUGAAUGAGUCUUUAAGUCAAUGGUGUACAAUGCUGCAUUAUACCCCACAGUGGGGCUCUAUGCAGGUCAGUUAGGCUGCUGGUUCUUUGAUGCCUCAGCUUAGUUCUUAACAUUGAAGCCUCAGUUACUGUGAAGGAGAAAAAUACAUGUGUCCCACAGUUCUAUGCAGUUUGCGGGUUUCUUUUCAUUACAUGUUCAUCUGCAUAUUGUGUUAAUUUUUUUUUACUUUGUCUAGGAAAACACAAUAUUUUGUGCGGCCCUUAGCUUGUGCAUCAGUUACCCCACACCGCUUUAAAAAAGCAAAAGGAGUGCAGUUUCAAUAUAAACUUAAAUACUUAAAUGUUUCCAGUCUAUGUGUACCCAAUCAACAAUAUUACAUUACCUAGAGUGCCUACUUUUAGUUCGCUUCUGUUGUAGUAAAAAUUCACAGUCUCAUA